AUGACUUCAAAAAUCACAGUAAAAGCUCGUUCAAAAACUUCAAUAUCCAAUGAUACAAGCGAACCUACUAUAUCAAAAAGCCCCAUGCCUACUCCAAGAAGGACAUCGACUUCAAUUAAGAAAAAAAUUAAAAAAGAUGAACCAAUAAUAUUAACCGGAAGACCCAUUGAAGUUAAAUCAUCAAAUACAGUUGGAUUUAAACAUGGAGGUAUUAAAACAGAACAAGAUUUGACUCAUUUUAGAAAUAUUUUUGAAAAAGAAACAAGCGAUGUUCAGGCUAGAUCAGUUUUCAGAGAAUUGGAAGAAAAGUUAUCUCAUGUGCCACUUGAUGAUUACGAAAAACUUGAACCUCAGGAUCAAUAUAAAAUUAUUCAACAGCUUCUAGACAUUUACAACUUUUCAUGGAACGAAUGA